GGCUGUUUCUCUGCCGCUGCGGCGUAGUGUUCCGUAGUGUUUCGUAGUAUAAGCAACGUUGCUUUGGGCAAAGCGAGUUUAGUUUUUGCAUCAUUGUCAUCCGGUUCGGUUGUGUGUGCGCGAGACUGUGUCCAGCAUAAGAAAAAAAACAUUUUUUGGAUCUCUUAACGCUGUGUGUGGGAAUUAUACUUAGUUUUCAGUUUUGGCCAAACAAGACCCAAAACCAAGCCAAAGGCCAAGUGUUGACAAAUAAAGAAGCGCAAAAAUAUAAUAACAACAAGAGAAAAGUGCAAAAUUUACGAGUGAAUUUGAAAAAUACAAUAUAUAGUUACAUAUAUAUAAAGAUAUUUAUAUUAUCGGACUAGUCCCCUACCAUCGAGUCUUUUGUUUUUGGAAUGAAAAUGCGACGUUUAUAAGAAGGCAGACACACGCACUCACCCAAACUAAAUAACCCUCAAGCGAGUGAAGCAAAACAAAGCUAGAAGAGGAAUACCGAAUCCACAGCAGAAAUGGCCACCAAUACAGAACUGUUGCCCUUCCAUCAUCAGACAACAAUCUCACUACAGACAGCAGCCGCCCUUACCAACUAUCACGGCGGUGGCGGAACUAAUGGGGGUGGUGGCGGCGGUGGUGGAGCCAAUCCCGCUGGCAUUGCUGCCGCUCCCAGUGGUGCAUCUAAUGGCGGCGCCCCCACAUGGAAUAUGGAUGAACUGUAUCAACAGACAGAACUGCCUGGGCUAACACGCAGCAGUGCCCACCACCUGCUGCGUUUCACGCCCUACGCUCUCCAUCAUCGGCCACAAUUGCAGACAUUGCCCCCGGCGCUCUACCUGCAGCAUGCUGCAGCAGCGGCAGCAGCAGCCGCCGCCGCAGCGGCUGCACAUGCCCAGCACCAUCAUCAUCAUCACCAUCAUCAUCAGCAUAGACCCGCCUCGCCGGAUAGUCCACCGCCCAUUGAGGGUACACACAUUAGCAAUCUUUUUCCCGAAUUGCUUGAACAGAUAUUCGAACAUUUGCCAGUCCGAGAUCUGGGUAGAGCUGCUCAGGUGUGCACAGCCUGGCGAGAUGCUGCCUAUGCGAAAAGUGUGUGGAAGGGUGUGGAGGCCAAAUUGCAUCUGAAACGUUCCAGUCCCAGUCUCUUCAAUUGCCUGGUUCGCCGGGGCAUCAAGAAGGUGCAGAUCUUGUCGCUGCGACGAUCACUCAAGGAUCUUGUGUUGGGCGUACCGGCGUUGACCUCGCUUAAUCUCAGCGGUUGCUUCAAUGUGGCCGACAUGAAUCUGGGACAUGCCUUCAGUGUUGAUCUACCGAAUCUGAAGACCCUUGAUCUCUCCCUAUGCAAACAGAUUACGGACACAAGUUUGGGCAGGAUAGCGCAACAUUUGAGAAAUCUGGAGACCCUAGAACUCGGAGGAUGCUGCAAUAUAACCAAUACUGGACUACUCCUGAUAGCGUGGGGUCUCAAGAAGUUGAAGCACCUAAAUCUGCGCUCCUGCUGGCACAUAAGUGAUCAGGGUAUUGGACAUUUGGCUGGAUUUAGCCGCGAAACGGCCGAGGGUAAUCUACAGUUGGAGUAUUUGGGUCUACAGGAUUGCCAGCGUCUGAGUGACGAAGCUCUCGGACAUAUAGCACAAGGUCUCACUUCACUAAAGUCGAUUAAUCUUAGCUUUUGCGUUUCCGUAACGGAUAGCGGCCUAAAGCACUUGGCCCGCAUGCCCAAGCUGGAGCAACUCAAUUUACGAUCCUGCGACAAUAUCUCCGAUAUAGGCAUGGCCUAUCUCACCGAAGGAGGCAGUGGCAUCAAUUCGCUUGAUGUCAGCUUUUGUGACAAGAUCAGUGAUCAGGCCCUGACGCAUAUAGCCCAGGGAUUGUAUCGUCUGCGUUCAUUAUCCUUGAAUCAAUGCCAGAUUACCGAUCAGGGUAUGCUUAAGAUAGCCAAAUCGUUGCAAGAACUGGAGAACCUGAAUAUAGGACAAUGCAGCAGGAUCACCGAUAAGGGCUUGCAAACUUUGGCCGAGGAUCUCACCAAUUUAAAGACCAUCGAUCUCUAUGGUUGCACUCAAUUGACAUCCAAGGGCAUUGACAUCAUUAUGAAAUUGCCAAAAUUACAGAAAUUGAAUUUGGGUCUCUGGUUGGUCAGAUGAUGCGUCCAUCAUGAUUGUAAUGCCUGUGCGAAGGCCGAGGCCGAGAGGGCAAAGCUUCGUAUGGCAGAGGAUACCAGCAGCAGCAGCAACAACAACAACAACACAAAGUGCGUGUAAGGUUAAGGAUAAGGCGAUGGAGCACGCGCGGGAGGUAAUAAGAGGAAGAAGAGAAGUAGUAGUAGAAGAAGAAGAUACAUUGAAAACUCAUAGCUUUCGUUUGCCAUACCCCACACGCUGUACUAAAUUUUUCAUAUACAUACAUAUAUACGAAUCGAGUAGAAACAGUCAGAGAGGCAGAGAAAACAACAGCAACAACAACAACAACAAGAACAACAACAAAGAGCAAACAA